AUGAGACAGACCGCUUACAAGCUUUCGCACAACGGCCGAGUGUGCAGCACGUGGGGCAGCUUCCACUACAAGACUUUCGACGGGGACGUCUUCCACUUUCCUGGCCUCUGCAAUUACGUCUUCUCCUCCCACUGCAAGUCGGCCUACGAAGACUUCAACAUUCAAAUGCGGCGCUCGCCAGGGCCCAAUGCCACCACGACCGUAAGCCACAUCACCCUGAAGCUCGAAGGGACCAUAGUGGAAAUGAGUCCGGAUGCCAUCCUGGUCAACGGCAAACUGGUUCAGCUGCCUUUCAGCCAAUCCGGCAUCCUGAUCGAGAAGAGCAGCGCCUAUGUGAAGGUCAUGGCCAAGCUGGGCCUCGAAUUCAUGUGGAACCAAGAUGACGGGCUCUUGCUGGAACUAGAUGCUAAGUAUGCCAAUCAGACCUGUGGCCUCUGCGGGGAUUUCAACGGUAUCCCCACCUACAGCGAGUUCUUCUCCAACAACAUCAGACUGACAGCAGUCCAGUUUGGUAAUAUGCAGAAGAUGGAUGGGCCCACAGAGCAAUGCCAGGACCCCCUGCCAACAGCCCUGCACAACUGCACAGCUGCCUUUGAUAUAUGUGAGACCACCCUCAACAGUACCCCCUUCUUCACCUGCCGUACCCUGGUAGAUGUCAGCAGCUACGUGGAGGCCUGCCGCCAAGACGCAUGCCUCUGUGACGAAGGCCAGCACACCUCCUGUAUCUGCAGCACCCUCACAGAGUAUUCCCGGCAGUGCGCCCAUGCUGGCGGGCAGCCCAUGAACUGGAGGGCCCCAGACCUGUGCCCCAAGACCUGCCACUUGAAUAUGCAAUACCACGAGUGCGGCUCCCCCUGUGUGGACACCUGCUCCAACCCCGAGCAGUCAGCAGUCUGUGAAGAACACUGCAUGGACGGCUGCUUCUGUCCCCCAGGAACCGUCUUUGAUGACAUCGGCAGCCAAGGCUGUGUCCCAGUGAGUCAGUGCUUCUGUGUGCACAACGGACAAUCCUAUGCCCCCGGAGCCUUCCGCUCCACCGAAUGCACCAACUGCACCUGCUCUGGAGGUCAGUGGAGCUGCCAGGAUCUCCCCUGCCCCGGUACCUGCUCCGUGACUGGUGGCUCCCACUUCUCCACCUUUGAUGAGAAGCAUUACACAGUCCACGGGGACUGCAGCUAUGUCCUGGUCAAGCCCUGUGAUGACAAGGCCUUCACUGUCCUGGCGGAGCUCCGCAAGUGUGGACUAACUGACAGUGAGACCUGCCUCAAAAGUGUGUCCCUCAGCAUCAGUGGUGGACAGACAGUGAUCGUGGUCAAGUCCACUGGGGAGGUGUUUGUGAAUUCUAUUUAUAGCCAGCUGCCUGUCUCAGCAGGCAAUGCCACCCUCUUCAGGCCUUCGUCCUCCUUCAUCAUUGCUCAGACCACCCUGGGUCUGCAGCUGACCAUCCAGCUCAUCCCUAUCAUGCAAGUCUUUGUAAGACUGGAGCCAUCCCUGCGGGGGCUGACCUGCGGUCUCUGUGGGAAUUUCAACAGCAUCCAGGCUGAUGAUUUCAAGACCAUGAGUGGGGUGGUAGAAGGCACGGCUGCAGCCUUUGUCAACACCUACAAGACACAAGCCAACUGUCCCAAUAUCAAGAAUCACUUUGAGGACCCAUGCACACUCAGUGUGGAGAAUGAGAAGUACGCACAGCACUGGUGUGGCCUGCUUACGGACCCACAGGGACUCUUUGCCAAGUGCCAUGCAGUGGUCAGCCCUGCGCUUUACCAUUCGAAUUGCAUGUUCGACACGUGCAACUGUGAGAAGAGUGAGGACUGUCUAUGUGCGGCGCUAUCCUCCUACGUGCAAGCCUGUGCUGCCCGGGGAGUGCUGCUGAGCGGCUGGAGGGUCGGGGUCUGCACCAAGACCGUGACCUCAUGCCCCAAGUCCCUGACGUACCAUUACAACGUCACCACCUGCCAGCCCACCUGCCGCUCGCUCAGUGAGCCCGACGUCACCUGCAGUAUCAAGUUCGGCCCCGUGGACGGCUGUACCUGCCAGGAAGGCACCUUCAUGGACGACAACGGCAAAUGCGUACCUGCGGCCAGCUGCCCGUGCUACUACCAAGGGUCUGCUGUUCCAAAUGGAGAGUCUGUCCACGACAAUGGGGCCAUGUGCACUUGUACCCAAGGCAGACUGAACUGCAUUGGAGGCCAGGUCCCAAAGUCAGCCUGCGCUGCCCCCAUGCUCUACUUUGAUUGCAGCAAGGCCUCGGCAGGAGUGGCCGGAGCCGAGUGUCAAAAAAGCUGCCACACCCUGGACAUGGACUGUUAUAGUAGCCAGUGUGUCUCUGGUUGCAAGUGCCCAGAUGGGCUGGUGUCUGAUGGAGAAGGAGGCUGUAUCCACAAGGAUCAGUGCCCAUGUGUCCACAAUGAGGCCAGAUACCAGGCUGGUGAGACCAUUCAGGUGGAGUGCAACACCUGCACCUGCGAGAAUCGAAUGUGGCGGUGUACUCAGGAGUCCUGCUUGGCUACAUGUGCUGUGUAUGGUGAUGGUCACUACAUCACCUUUGAUGGCCAGCGCUAUAGCUUCAAUGGGGACUGCGAGUACACACUGGUCCAGGACCACUGUGGGAAGAGUAGCAGUGCCAAGGGGACUUUCCGAGUCAUCACAGAGAACAUUCCCUGCGGGACCACAGGCACCACCUGCUCCAAGACCAUCAAGAUCUUCUUGGGGAGCUACGAGCUGAAACUCAGUGAAGGGAGGGUGGAAGUGAUGGAGAAGAAAGGUGCCAAGGGAGAGCCGCCUUACAGCAUCCGCCAGAUGGGCAUCUACCUGAUUGUGGAUACCAACCUUGGGCUGGUGCUACUGUGGGACAAGAAGACCAGCAUCUUCAUCCAACUCAGCCCAGACUUCAAGAGGAAGGUCUGCGGUCUCUGCGGGAAUUAUGACGGUAACAGCAUGAACGACUUCACCACCAGGAGCCUCUCGGUGGUGGGCGACGCGCAGGAAUUCGGGAACAGCUGGAAGAGCUCCCCCUCCUGCCCGGACACCGUCCCCACCAGGGACCCCUGCACCGCCAACCCUUACCGCAAGGCCUGGGCCCAGAAGCAGUGCAGCGUCAUCAACAGCGCCGUCUUCGCCGCCUGCCAUCCUCAUGUUGAACCCACUAGAUACUAUGAGGCUUGUGUGUCAGAUGCGUGUGCCUGUGACACUGGGGGAGACUGUGAGUGCUUCUGCACAGCUGUGGCUGCCUAUGCCCAAGCCUGCAAUGAGAUCAACGUCUGCAUCUCCUGGAGGACGCCCAGUAUCUGCCCUCUGUUCUGUGACUACUACAAUCCCAAUGGCUCUUGUGAGUGGCACUACCAGCCCUGUGGUGCUCCCUGCAUGAAGACCUGUCACAACCCAAGUGGAAAGUGCUCUCACAACAUCCGAGGACUGGAAGGUUGCUACCCCAAGUGCCCUCCAAAAACCCCCAUCUUUGAUGAGGAUAAGAUGGAGUGUGUCCAGAGCUGUGCUCCCUGCUACAUCAAAGGACGGUACUACCCACCAGGAUCCACAGUACCCUCGGACAAGAACUGCCAAUCAUGCUCAUGCACCGAGGCAGGCAUCAAGUGCACUUAUGACUCAAAGGCAUGCAUCUGCACUUACAAAGGAAAGCUUUUUCACCCUGGGGAUAUCAUUUAUCACACCACAGAUGGCACUGGGGGCUGCAUUACUGCCACCUGCAGUGCCAAUGGCACUAUCGAGGGCAAGGUGUACGACUGUGUCCUCACCACCUCAGCCCCCUCAACCACCUUCGCCUUCUCUGACACUACCUCAGCAGAAAUCUCACCUGUAACUAGCUUCACUGUGGAACCUUUCAUGACUUCUUUGCCUAUGACAGUACCAACUGUAACCAGGGCAAAUACAAAACCAUUCACUAUUCCCACUACAGACAACAGUGUCACACCAAGAACUUCCUUUGAAAGUGUCAGUACAUCCAGCACGACAUCUGAAACCACAUGUGAUGAAGAAGUCUGCACUUGGUCUCCUUGGUUGGAUGUCAGCCAUCCAGGAACAGGAGCCAACAGUGGCGAUUUUGAUACUCUGGAGAACAUCAGAGCAGAGGGUUACAGAGUGUGCAGAUCGCCAAAGGAAGUAGAAUGCAGGUCUGCAGAGUUCCCUGCUGUGCCAUGGCAGGAGCUCAACCAAACUGUGAAGUGCAGCAGAGCCCAGGGUCUGAUCUGUCACAAUAAGGACCAGGUGUCUGGAAAAUGUGACAACUACCAGAUCAGAAUUUUAUGCUGUUUUUCUCAGCCGUGUACUCACCACAACGUCACAGCUCCCACAACAGAACCACAUUCAGGAAGCACAGUUGCUCUCGGCACAUCUAUUUCAAGACCACCUACAACACCAGAACCCAAAGGAAUCUCAGAGAGUCACCUGACCAAAUCUACUCCCAUUCCAUCAACAAAGGAAACUCAGCCAAUAACAAAACCCGCUCCUUCACCAGAGACACCAGGAACCAGCAGUCACUCUCCUGAUGUGACAACUACGUUGGUGACAAAGCCAAUGGAAUCCUGUCCUUCCCCAGUGCCCAGCUCAAGCUUUCCAUCAACCCUUCCUAGCAAUACAUCAGCCACAACCUCUCCUCCAUAUAGUACUUUCCCACCUCUCCAUGUUUCUACAACCUUUUCUACCUUUGCUACGCAGUCGAGUUCAUCUUGUUACUGUUACUUGUCUGGGAAAGUCUAUCGAUCUGGAACUCUCAUAUACAACCAGACAGACCACGCAGGGCUUUGCUACUCUGCCUUUUGCAACAAAGACUGUAAUGUGACAAGGGUAGCAGUAAUCUGUCCCACUUCAUCUCCUGCUCCAGUCCCAUCCAUAUCAUCAUCAACCCCUGCAUCGGCAGUCACAGCCACAGCCACAGCCACGUCACCAUCUCCUUUCACAUUGCCAUCAGCAUCUUCAUCUCUCUCUCCCGUUUCACCGACAAAAUCAAGAGAUUGUCUGAAUGCAGUACCACCCAGAAAAAAAGGAGAGACCUGGUUCAUACACAAGUGCAAGAAAGCCACCUGCGAGGGUGACGAUGUGAUCACGCUAACACCUGUGAGCUGCCCUGUGGUAAAGAAGAUGUCCUGUGCUAAUGGCUACCCCCCUGUGAAGGUCUAUGAUGAUGCUGACCACUGCUGCUACCAUUAUGAGUGUCAAUGUGUGUGCAGUGGCUGGGGAGAUCCUCACUACAUCACCUUUGAUGGUAUCUACUACACUUUCUUGGACAACUGCACAUAUGUGCUAGUGCAGCAAAUCCACUCUGUCUACGACCACUUCCGGGUGCUCAUCGACAACUACUUCUGUGGUGCCCAGGAUGGCCUGUCCUGCCCUCGGUCGAUCACUGUUGAGUACAAAGGCAAUCGCAUUGUGCUCAUCCGGACUGUGGUCCAUGGAGUGAUGGAGAAUGAGGUUAUCUUCAACAACAUGACUGUCAGUGCAGGGUUCAAGAAAGAUGGCAUUGUGAUCUCCACCCUGGGCAUUAAGAUGUUUGUCACCAUCCCAGAGAUUGGUGUCCAGGUCAUGUUCAGCGGGCUGCUCUUUUCGGUUGAGGUGCCUUUCACCAAGUUUGGCAACAACACAGAAGGGCAGUGUGGGACAUGCACCAAUGACAAGAAAGAUGAGUGCCGCCUGCCUGAUGGGAAGAUUGUAUCCUCCUGCUCCGAAAUGUCUGGCUCCUGGAAGUAUCAUGUGCCCAACCAGCCCUACUGCCAUGGACCAUCCCCCACCCCCACCCCCAUCCCCACAAUGCCUUCCCAUACAACACCCAAGUCAUGCCCACCUUCUCUUCUCUGCAUGCUGAUCAUGAGCAAGGUCUUUGAAGCAUGCCAUCGUGUCAUACCACCAGAGCCCUACUUUGAGGGUUGUGUGUAUGACCAAUGCCACAUCCCUGAAGACAGAGUGUGGUGCUCAGGCUUGGAGCUGUAUGCAUCCCUCUGUGCAGCACAAGGCGUGUGUAUUGACUGGAGGCGCGAGACCCAGGGUCUAUGUUCCCUUACCUGUCCUGGUAACAAAGUAUACCAGCCGUGUGGUCCAAUCUACACACCCACCUGCCAGAAUCCUCAGGGUAGCAUCAACACCAGCCUGAUCAUUGCUGAUGACAUCAGCCUAGUAACAGAAGGAUGCUUCUGCCCCAAUGGUACCACCCUCUUCAGCUCCAACUCCAACAUCUGUGUGCCAGCCACACCACCUGAGUGCCACAUCUGGUGCAAAGGCCCCAAUGGACAGCCUGUGGAGCCUGGAGCUGUGGUAUCCUCGGGUCCCUGUGAAACAUGCAGCUGUGUCCCUGACGGCAACCCAGAGUCCAAGACCUAUGUCAUCAAAUGUAAGGCCAAAGUCUGUGACACCCACUGUCCAGCGGGCUCCAAGUACCAAGAGAGGCCGGGCCGGUGCUGCGGCAAAUGUGUGCAAGUGGCCUGCGCAGUGCACACCAAUGACAGCUCGGUGCAGCUGGUCCAGCCAGGAAAAUCCUGGUCUAGGCCUGGGAAUAAAUGUGUCCAGUACGAGUGUGAAGAGGUCAAUGGCCAGCUCAUUUUGGUGACUGUGAAGAAGGCCUGUCCCCCUAUCCUCUGCUCCCCGGACCAAGUCAGAAGGAGCGAAGAUGGCUGCUGCCACGUGUGCCCAUCACCGCCCCAGGUUUACCCGUGUGCCGUGGGCCGCCGUACUCAAGUCAUCCGGAAGGGAAGAUGCAGCUCCUCCGCCCCACUGGAGGUGACCUACUGCCAGGGGAACUGUGGCGACACGAUGUCCAUCUACUCCUUCGAGGCCAAUGUGGUGGAACAUCGCUGCCGGUGCUGCCGAGAGCUGAGGACCAGCCAGAGGAACGUGUCCCUGAGCUGCCCAGAUGGCUCCAGCCUGGCCUUUGCCUUCACCCGGGUGGAGGAGUGUGGCUGCCAGGGCGUGCGGUGCGACAGUCUGGACAUCAAGAGAAGGGAGGAGGACGAGUCAGCCCCGAGCCGAGAGCAGGAGCCUGAGCAGAGCCAAGAGCAGGGACUCCCGGCUCACCAGGAUGAGCAGACCCUGCACUGGCGAAGAGCUGCACCUGGCUCUCUGCCCCAGAGAUAAAAGGGCCUCAGGACUGCUUUGGGUGAGGGCUGGGGUCAAAGCCCCCACACCCCUGGGCCCAGCCUCCUAGACAUCUCUGUUCCCUCCUCAUUUCAACUUCCAUCACUGAUACAGCUUAAGCCUCUUUGGGGCCGCUCCCGGAUGCUUCCAGAGUCACAGGCAGCUUCCCACCUUGCCACCUAUGGCUGGUCCUGUCUGGCUAGAAUGCCAGUAUAAGCGAGUGGCUGGCAGGAUGAGGCACAUGCGUUAGUUUCCUGGGCGUCCCACAGGAGAAGCUGACAUUGUCUGGGGGUCUGGGGCUGACCCACACCAGCCCCACUGCACUGGGCUUUCCCCACGGUUUGCCAGUUGGGUUUCUGUGCAUCCGUCACGAGGCCCACAGCACUGACUGUCACAAGCACUGAUCGAUCCCCUCUGGAGCCCCUGAGACCCGGCUCCUCCCUCCCCUGCCCAGCAUCUGCUGCACAUCUGUGCUAUGUACCCCAGUCCCCACCAGCACACCACCGUGGUUCAGUCUUGCUUCCUGAGUGGCCAGCCAAUGUCUGUGCAGCCAAAAGCUUCAAGUGAAAGAUUCUCUGAGACCCAUUUGAAUUUAGGUAGCAGAAGCAAGGGGGUCUCCGAACAGAAUUUGGGAGGCCUGGGCCAUAUCUGGCUCCGGACUCUUUCUCCUCUAGGGAGUGGGGUGCCAGGCACAGCUCUGCUCCCUGCCCUUGUCCCUGGCCUGGCUGGGGCUCUGCUUGCAGGCAGGCACCAUCAGGCUCCUUCUCCUCACCCAAAAAUG